GUCAUCUGCGUCCGUUGUUUCGUUUCUGCUGAAAUCGUUCAUGACUAAAUUAAAGUUUAACCGUCCCGGAAGCGCCAGGUGUAUUUGGAGGUUGGAUAUCACCAGCUUUUAUAUUGGACUAAAACAAUAUCAGUAAGACCAGACGAGCUGGUGAUAACCUGCGCUGAUGCGGCCAAGUUCCAGCAACCAACCUAAAAAGGAUGAGUGAGAAGACCAGGAAUAAAUCCCGGUCCUUUGGGGCUACAGCACCACCAUUCCUUGACUACCUGAAAGAUAUUCUGCGCCGAUAUCCAGAUGGUGGACAAAUUUUGAAGGAACUGAUUCAAAAUGCAGAUGACGCUCAAGCCACAGAAGUUGUUUUCAUCCAUGAUAAGAGGAGCUACAAGACAGAAAGUCUCUGGACUGAUGAGCUGGGAAAAUUCCAAGGUCCUGCUCUUUAUGCCUACAACAAUGCAGUAUUUACUGAUGAAGACUGGGAAAGAAUUCAAAAGGCAGGAAGAAGUGGUAAGAUCAACGACCCAAACAAAAUCGGGAGAUUUGGCAUUGGCUUCAACUCUGUUUAUCACAUCACAGAUGUACCAAGUAUAUUCAGCUCAGGGCACCUUGGCCUAAUGGACCCACAAGAAAAAAUAUUUGGAGAAAGAAAUGGAGGGUUUCUUUGGUCAUUGGAUGAUGAAGAACAUCAAGAAUCUUUAAUGACGAUGAAUGACCAGUUUCAACCCUACAGAGACCUAGUUUCACUUGUAGGCAAACAAGAAUGGUGUAAAAUCAUAGAGAAUCAGUACUUCUCUGGGACACUUUUCAGGUUCCCGUUACGCAACAAGGCAUCAGAGAUUUCAGACAAUCUGUAUGAUUCAGAUAAAAUGGCUGAGCUUUUUGAUAGCUUCAUUGCAGAUGCAGAUUUAAACCUCCUCUUUUUGAAAAAUGUGAGCUCUGUGUCCUUGAUUCAUAUUAGUGAGGAUGGCACUGUUACCACCAGGCUUGAAGUGAAAUUCUCAGAACAAACAAAACUUCUUCUAAAGCAAGAAGAUGACAUUGAAGGUUUGACAAGAUUCAAAGGCAUCACCCUAAAUUCAAAAGAGCAGAAAGAAACAAAAUGGCUUGUAACAACAUACACUAUGAAAGAGAGCAAAAUGCCAAACCUUGAUCUUCUUGCCAAAAAGUUGAGUUUUUUACCCAGAGUUGACUUGGCAUUCCCCCUUGAUGAGCAGAGAGACUGUUUUCAGGGCCGACUGAGCUGUUUUCUCCCUCUACCAAACAACGAAUCCAACAAGACCGGUCUCCCAGUUCAUGUCAAUGCCUGCUUUGGUCUUACAGACAACAGAAGACACAUCAAGUGGCAAGAAGAAGAUCAGAAACAUGACGAACAUGCUUUGUGGAAUGAAUUGCUAGUGAAGGAGGUUCUUCCC